ACAGAAUGGCAGCUUCAAACCAGAUAAUUCCUCCGUUUUGAACUGAACUGGGCUUAACUGUUCCAUUAUUUUUCUACUUCAGUUAGCGCAUGCGUCCGGGACGCGCCGGGAUGUACAAUGGAGUCGGAUGUGCAUAGGCAGACGCUGGCUUGAACGCUUGAAGCCCCGACGCCUUUGAAAGCGUUAGUUUUCAUGUUAUGAAAUGACCGCGGAGCCGUGAGCGUCCGGGGGCGCAGUCAGCAGACGACUUGACUUGAAAUUAAAGAGUGUCUGUCGAGAAAAGCCGAGUAACUGUUUGAGCUCACCUGCUGAGCCGUAUCUGUGCUGCAGCCGUGGUUGCUCUUGUGACUGUCCUCUGUAUUUUGUCCAUGCCUUUGUCUGAAAGAGCAGUGAGAUAGAAACCGUCCGAUAACCACCAAGGACAAUGUCAGAGGUCAACAUAGCAAAGCGAAAGGAGAAGUGUGAGAACUGCACCAAACAGUGCAGCAAAAGGCAGAGUGAGGAAGGUGCCAACUCGCAGCAGGAGAGAGAUGAAGUCAAUGGACAGGUGAAUGAAGGAUCCCAGUUGUUGCUGAGUGCUUGUCUUUCCUGUGAUGGCUGUCUGUCAGAGGAGGAGAGCCUAAAGAUCUCUCAGCAGAGCCUGGAGGAAGUGGAGCGGGUUCUGGCACUCAAUAAGAAGUGUGACGUGUCGAAGCACAAGGUGCUGGUUGCGUCGGUUUGUCCGCAGUCCCUGCCUUUCUUUGCUGUGAAGUUUGGUCUGGACAUCAGUGAAGCCACUCGCAAACUCUGUGGCUUCCUCAAGAGCCUCGGAGUACAGUAUGUGUUUGACACCACUCUGGCUGCAGGCUUCAGCAUCUUAGAGAGCCAGAAGGAGUUUAUUCAGAGGUAUCGCAGGAGGCACCACGACUCCCAUGCCUUGCCCAUGUUCACCUCCUCCUGCCCAGGGUGGAUCCGCUAUUCAGAGCGUGUCUUGGGCAGUUUGGUCACCCCUCAUAUCUGCACAGCCAGGUCUCCCCAGCAGAUCAUGGGCUGUCUGGUCAAAGACUACUUCUCAAAACAGCAGCAGAAGCUGAGUCCAGAGAAAAUCUACCAUGUGGUGGUGGCUCCCUGCUUUGAUAAGAAGCUGGAGGCUGUCAGAGAGGAGUUUUACAACAGCCUGCUAGAGACCAGAGACGUGGAUUGUGUCCUCACCUCAGGGGAGAUCUAUUACCUAAUGGAGCAGAAGAAGUUUGCAGUGGAGGAGCUGGACUCAGUUCCACUGGACCAAGUGCUGGGAGAGGCUGGAGACGUAGCACUGGUGAGGCAUGAGGGCCGAGGUUCUGAAGGUUUUCUGGAACACGUGUUCAAACAUGCUGCCACAGAGCUCUUUGGUCUAGACGUCCAUGAGAUCACAUACAAGACCCUCAGGAACCGGGACUUCCUAGAAGUGACCCUUGAGCGGGAUGGAGAAACUCUGCUGCAGUUUGCUGCCAUCUAUGGUUUCAGGAACAUCCAGACCCUGGUUCACCGUAUGAGGAAGGGACGUGUGCCUUACCAGUUGGUGGAGGUGCUGUCCUGCCCUGGAGGGUGCUUGAGCGGCCGCGGUCAGGCAGAGAGUGAGGCAGGGAGACGGGUGGAUAAAGCCCUGGUCCAGCAGAUGGAGGACACCUACAGCAGCCUGCCGCUCCGUCUCCCAGAGGUCAACCCCACCCUGCACACCCUCUAUCAAGAGUGGCUGCAGGGCCAGGAUUCCUCACAGGCCAGCACGCUGCUGCACACGCAGUACAGCAAUCAGGCUCAGAUCCACGUACAGCCCCCACACAUGCAGUGGUGAGAACAAAGGAAGUGUUUUACUGUGAAGACCUGAUGGAAGUUGAAUGAGGGCCGCAUCUGCCGGGUUCUGAUUCUGCUUGGACCAUCUCAUCAUUCAUGCUGGCACCAUGAAGGAUAUGCUGAAGACCAUGCUGCACUAUGGACCAGUGUGUGAGAAGUCAAGUCUCCAGAGGUGCAUUCUUCCAUUUGGCCACGGGGGGGAUGUUGUCUGUAUUUACAAUAUUGUGGAUCCCCUGUGCCCCUGAGGAGAAAUAAGGGCCCAGAGUACAGAAAAAACACACACCCACAUUUUAUGCAGACUGAAGCAGUGAUGUCAAUGAGCUGUUCAGAUAGUGGCUAAUAAAAGAAAUAAGUCGGUACAAAGUCAUCUGAUAAUGCCAGCUGUUCAGAGGAAACCUGUAGCAAGUGUGACCUAUUUAGGCCAGUUUACCGAGCAAUAAGCCACUGCGAAACCAUUUAAGAAGCUUUUAGAACAACUGGAGCUCGUGCUCGUGGAUACUGAAUUUACAUUUGAAGAGUCUAAUGUGUUCCAAAUCCAAGCUGCCCAAUAUGAAACAUGCUUGUUUUACUUGGUGUUAAAGUAGUCUCCACUGUACCUCACUGAAAGACAAGACAAAAUGUUCUCACACACUUUGAUAGCUAUGCAACAGUGUGAUCGUCUUAUGUCAACAGUCAUAGUCAGUGGAAAGUAAGGCUGCUGUAUGAUUCAAGAAGUCUUUGAUAAACACUUAACCUGACAUGAGUGUUUGCUACCAACCCAUUGUUUGGUUUAUCCGUCCCAGUGUAGAGAGAGUAAUUAUUUUUAAUGGUACAAGAUGAUUUCAUUUGUAUUAUCACUUUGUUCCCAUUCCACAUGCCAGUAGUUUUAUUAAGUUAUCUGUUUUUGUUCUUUGUUUUACAAGAUCGAACAUACAUGUCAUACAUGUCAAGCACUAAAAUAUUCUGACAAACAAA